AUGGCCGAAAUCAUUGGCAAACGAGAACGAAGAAAGAGUCUGAGCGUGUUCAGCCCGUCCUCCACAUCGACUCCCCCGACCCGGCCGUCACUCCAUGACCGAACACCCUCGGAUGAUGUCCUGACACGCGAGAAGAAAACCCGCCGCAAUUCUGGCUUCUUUGGCCGGUCUCAGAGUCCGAACAGAUGGUCUAACACGUCCAACAAGGGUCGUCCUGGCACAGCAGGCUCGGAAACCACCGCUUUACCCCAGCUCUCCACAUCCAUUGAGACCCCUCGCCCGCGGAGGAAGUCUUUACAGAAGAAGCGAACCUCGGUUUUUGGAUCUCUUAGGUCUCUACACUCUUGGGAGGACGAUGACCCUCUAUCUGCCUCUGUCGCCUCGGUGGGAGACGAUCACAGUGCGGCCAGUCCCCGAAAUGGGAUUUGGUCAUCUGCGAUCCUCCACCAUGGGGAAAUCCAAACGACCGGGGGCAUGUGGAGAAAAAAGAGCCAAUACCUCGUUCUUACAGAUACCCAUAUCGUUCGUUUCAAAAAUCAAAUCAAGGCCGCCGAUGCCUUUCCUUCAGUCCCUGCUUCAUACAACACGCGAGCGCCGGCUUCCCAUCGCCAAUCGGUGGCCUCAAUCAGUUCAUUACAGGAUAUGCAGCUAAUGGCGUCCGGUGAUGCAUCUGCUGGAAUCCCAUUGAACAGCAUUAUUGCAGUAUACAUGUUGGAGGAUGCACGGCUCUCACCCACGGUCGAAGUGGCCUAUCUGGACGAACGUACCCAUAAAGCCACAUUGGUCCAGAUGCAGACAUCUGACUUGCAAGAAUUGAACCUCUGGAUGGUGGGCAUCCGUCAAGCCGCCAAGAUGGCCAGAGCAAACUACCCACUACCAUUCAGCGGGGCUUCAGUCGAGUACGUAACUCGUAUGCUGGAGCACGAGCGAGAUUACGACCCAGAGGCGUUCCGCAUGUUCCGGGUUAUUCAAAUCGCCUCCAGCAAAUCAAUCACUCGCUCUUCCUCGGACGAUCUCACUAAGCUGUCUCCUACAGGCUGCUACCUUGCCAUUGGCUCACACAAGCUUCACCUACUGCCCAUGCAGAAGACUAACAAUCGGUCAUCGGUGGUAUCAUUGUCAGAUUGGGAGGCAGGCACUUCAUUCGGUCUGAUGAACUUGACUGGGUUGUCCAUGGAGUAUGGCGAUGAUAGCUUGCAUCUCACUUUCAGGGUUCCUCUCAAGAAAUCUUUCAACGUGUUCCUGGCUUCGGUUCAUUCUGUCGAAGUUGCAUGUUGGAUCCGACAACAUACUGAAUUCCUACGUCCACUGUGGACCCGGCAGCCCUAUGAUUUUGUUGUUCCAAAGGGACUGCAAAACGACGACAAUUUCCCGCCUGUCGCUCUGGACGAGGACUAUGGAUGCUUUGACCGUACACUGGUCGCCUACUCCGCUAGCUACGACAUUGACACUUCCAACAUUCGCUAUACCAUCGACCACGAGUGCGAGGAUGCGCCAUGUUUCCGUCUUCUCAGACCGGCUUCAGCGAACCACUCACGGUACAGCGCAUUGGAACUCAUUGCGGUCAUGCGCGCACUUCGCUACAACGAAUUCUUCCGGUCAAUUUCAUUCCGAGGUGUCAAUCUUGAUGCAUUGCAGGGUCUGCGUGAUGUACACGGAGUUGAUUCAGACGUCCAUCUCGACCGAGGAGGUUCCUCAGUGAACAUCCCAGGCCAGGCAAACCUGACCGUCCUCUCGCAGGAAGUGCGCGCUCUAGCAUUGAAGAGUAAAUGGCUGCGCCGACUCGACUUUUCGUACUGUCUUACACGCACGCCAACGCCGACUUUGGAGAAAGGCACCCGGGAUCCCGGAUGUGGCAUUCCAGAAGCUAUUUUCCCUGUCUGCCGCCGAGAAUUGACCAGCGUGGACUGGGUUGUGCUCAACGGUAUCAAGCUCGGUGAGUCAGAUCUGGACUAUCUUGUCGAUGCCGCGUCACAGAGACGCAGUCACCUGCGAGCUUUGGAGGUUGGGGACUGCGGAUUAUCCGUGCAUGACCUUGAUCUUCUUUUGUCGACUAUCGUUGCGCAAGAAUCAACACUUGAGGCAAUCAACAUUUCAGGAGUGCAGGGUCGGUUGAACCCCGACGUGCUCCAGCAGUAUAUUGGGUAUUUUGGCCAAAUCCGCAAAAUCAACUUGUCUCGCAUUUCACGGACUUCCGGCACCGAGCCGCUAAUCACAGCUGAGAUGCUGUUCAACUGGCGACUUGAGGAGCUGGCUCUUAGUCGGACGGCUGUCAACCGCGAGACUGUUGACGCUAUUGCUACUUAUCUGGCUAGUGAUCGGUCCCGGAAUCUUCGUGUGCUUCGACUUGAUCAGUGUGGUUUGACGGGUGAGGAUGUGGCUAUGUUCAUGCACUCGAUGUCGGUAGAAGGUGCACGCAGCCUGCAUUUGCAUGUCAAUGAGAACCGCCUCGACGAUGGAUGCUCGUUCAUUUUCAAUGCGAUUGCAAAGAAUAAGACUCCAUCGCAUGUGUCCAUGCGGAUGAUUGAUUUCAAGAAAGAAGAUCAUUUCCGAGAGCUGGUCGAGUCGCUUCGGAAGAACUGCACGCUUCAAUUCUUGGAUAUUUCGAAGGCUUCGCUUCCGUACGAUGCUAGUCCCGAGACUUGUCGCUCGCUGCAGUUGAUGUUUGAGGAGAAUGAGACGCUCGAGGCUUUGGAUAUCAGUGGAGACAACGCGCAUCUUGAUGUUGCACGCUUCGGUAUCGGACUUAACCUUGCGUUGACCGGUCUUAAGAAGAACAAGUCGCUGAAGGUUUUGAGGAUCGAACAUCAGAAACUUGGUCUACAAGGCGCGAAUACUCUGGCGUCUGUCUUGGAGGAGAAUGAUUUUCUGCGCGAAGUACACUGUGAGAACAAUGACAUCAAUCUCCAAUCCUUCACGGUGUUGGUCAAUGGUCUACAGUGCAACCGUUCCCUUCUUACCCUCUCCUGUAUGGACCGAGACCGACUUCAGUCCCUCGAAAAGGUGCGCCGCGAGGUUGACAAUGUUCGAUGGGACGUUAGCGCCAGCGCUCAAACCUCCACGGCGAACUCGAUCCGUCGAUCUCUGUAUGCAGCGAUGAGCGUUGGACAAUCGCACGGACAUCGGCUGAGCAAGGCACCACCGCCAAGUGUUGCAUCCGCACUGGAAGCUUCGCCAUUCGCCAACCACAACGUAGAGCUUGUUCUGGAAUCGCUGAACCAAAGAUGGGACAUGGAAGUCGCCCGCCUUCGUCGAUAUCUCCUACGCAACUACAACUUUGCCCACGGACUCGAAGACGCCGAACUAGAUGACUCCGCCAGCGACGGACGACCCGCAACAGCAGCGAGCCUUGGCACAAUGCUGGACAAUCUCAAAUUCGACGUCGCCAUUUCAGCAGAUGAAAUCCGCCCGUCUCCACCCGAUGAAUCCCCAGCUCUCUCCCAGCUCACAACAACAUCCUCCAUCCAAUCCAUGCAAAAUAUCGAAUCCAACGCUACUACUCCAAAGUCACCCUCCAAAGUCCGCCCUCACACUGCUCGUGCCGUCCCAUUCGACUAUGGCUCCACCCCAUCCUCCCGCCUCGCUCUCCCCGUCCCAGCCGUACCAUCAACAGUCCAGAAACCAAGCAGCAUCCGCAGCACACGCAGCUCAUCCAGUACCGUAUCCACAGGUACAGGCAGCGCCCGCAGUGCCUACGGCAUGGCCUCAUCCACACUGAGGGGCUUCCUCAGCGGGACCGCAUUGAGAGAGCGUCGCCGAGCAGACGCAGCGCGUCCAUCACCCGCGCCUGUGUGCGUCUCGAACGAUAAACCACCACAGCUGGAGUGGACUCCUCCCAAGCUUGACUUGCAAGAGCUGCAAUAG